GGCGGAGGCGAGGCAGGAGUCAGAUUGACAAGGACGAAACUGGAGAGUAGUCUGGAGUCAGACCGUCUCGAUGGUCUGAGGACCGUGGUAGCAGUCAAUGAUAUCGAAGUCUCUGCCUGCCUCCAACCACCUCUUUCCCUCGGUCCUGAAGUUGACCUCUGCCCAGUCUCUUCAAGUGAAGACCCUCGUCUAUCUCGUGACGCUACGACUGGCACCUUCUCAGCCAGACAUCGCACUGCUAUCAAUCAACUCCUUCCAGAGAGACUUGUCAGACUCCAGCCCUCUCAUCAGAGGCAUGUCUCUACGCGUUCUCAGUGGCCUCGGCGUAAAGAUGGCUGCGCCGUUGAUGGAAAUGGCCAUUGCAAAGGGCGUCAGAGAUCCAAGUUUCUACGUCAGGAGAAUUGCUGCCGAUGCCUUGGGCAAGUGCUUUGAGCUGGCGAGCUCAACUUUACCGUCGUUGCUGCCACAUCUGUCAAGUCUGCUAGGAGACCGGCAUCCAUCCGUGCUCGGUUCAGCUCUUCUCGCAUUCAAUUGUACGGUCCCUGAUCGAUACGAUCUGCUCCACCGGCACUUCCGUCGGAUCUGCCACGGACUGGUGGACAUUGACGAGUGGAAUCAAACAGUGACCCUAAGAGUCCUUGCUGGCUACGCGAGGACAUAUCUGCGGCAGCCUUCUGCAGAAGAGACGCGAACUGUGCUCGAGGCAAAGGCCGAAAAGGUAGUUGCGGGCAGAAGCAAGUGGGGCGCAGGGCUCGAUAAGGAUCUCGAACUGCUCUUGAGCAAGGCGGAGCCUCUGCUGCUGAGUCGCAACUCUGCUGUCGUCUUGUCUACCGCCCAUCUCUAUCUGACCUUACUGCCCAUUGACAGCCCCCGGCAGCAAGAUCUUGUGCAGCCACUCCUCCGACUGCUUCGCGGCCAUCCCUCACAAGCGCAUGUGGUACUGCUCUUCAUUCGACGCUUCUUGUCGCUUCGACCAGAGCUGUUCAACUCCCACAGCCUGUCGUUCCUUCCUCUGACAUCGAUAUCCGACGAGCCGUGCUAUAUCACUGAGCAGAAGCUCAGCAUCCUCGUCGACUUAGCAAUUGCCAACCCAUCAAAAUCCUCAAUCAAGUUCACAAAGGUCGAGCUCGACAAUGCAGCCUUAUACCGAUCGGAGGCUUCUAUCGUCAUCUGCGCAGUAAGAGGACUUGGCCGACUCCUGUCAUCGAUACCUCCUCCCGCUCUCUCUAGCGCAUCUCCCCAGCUGGUAGAGGAUUGCACAGAGACUCUCUUGACUGUUCUCAAAGAACGGAGCGGCAACAAGACCGGCGAUAGUGUAGUUUCUGCUGCAAUGGAUGUCCUCCGGCUGCUCAUCAAAGCCAGAGCGGAGCAGCCACAGGCGAGCGAUGCCUCAGGAUCCCACGUGAUGGAUUCGGCGGCAACUGCUCAUAUUCUCUACCGGCUUUCUGCUCUCCUCUUCAAAGCCAACGAUAAGCUUGAGAUGUUGCCCAGCGAUGGAGGCUCAAUGUCAAUUGCCUCCCUCGUUGGAAGAACUUCGAUCGCAGACGGAAGUGGCAGGGCCAGCAUAUACUGGCUGUUGGGCCACUUCUGCCGCCAAGAGUUGAAAGUACGUCGAGAGACCUCACUGAGUGGGGCAGAGCAGCUGAAGACGUUAGCAGAGGUUGUUCUGCCUGAUAUACUGCGCAAAGGUUGUCUCAACUUCGGCAAGGAGAGCUCACAGGCCAAGCUCGCGCUUCUGACACUUUCAGCCAAGCUCCACGUCUUUCUGCCGACUACCGAUGCACCGCUCUCCGUGGUUGCUUCAGUCGCUCAGCUCCAUUCGUACCUCCUUCAACUCGCCCGGUUUGAUCUGACCUACGAUGUCAGAGAUCGGGCGCGGUACUACAAGAAUCUAACCGCUGGAGUGAAUGCCAGCAUUGGACAAGCCAACGGCGCUCACGAGGCUACUGAGGCCGCAGAGACUAACGCAGAAGACACUCAAGGAGUAGCGUCGGCUGGAGGCGUUCGUCUGAGGCGGGAGCAGGUCCUCCUUGUUCUAUUCGGCGACCGGGCAUCACUUCCGAAGGAUAGUGAGACUUUGAUUGCAAGCGUUCCGACAUCCUCUAAUAGCAGAAGUCUCGAUCCCGCAAGAUCCUUGGAUCCUCUCGAGCUACUCUCAUCGGCUGCUGGACACGGCGUUGACACCUCUAGUGAGGAGUACGAAGGCUCCCUCCCUGCCUGGGCUGCCGACCAGUCGCAGCUGCCUCCCGCAUCCGUCCGCGAGCCGACCACCCCGCCUUCCAAUGCAAACACUGCGACAUCGCUAUCCAACUCCAGCGCCGGCUUCGGCUUCGGCGCCGGCCCCGCAUCUGCCGUACGCAGCAUCUCAUCCAGCGACAGCGCUGCUCUUCCCGCCAUCACAAGCGUGACUCGCGGUCCCUCUUCGGCGCGCGUCGUCCUUACCCCGACGAACCUGGCGUCAGAUCGGAGCAAUGCCUCCUCCCCUGCUUUGGGAGGCUCGACAGCUGCAGCUGCGGGGGCUCUUGGCGCUGCCAAACAGGGCAAGGGGAAGUACAAGGAUUUGGAUGAUUUCCUCAAUGAGGCUACGGAAUCUGAGAGCGAGGAGAGUUCGAGUGAGGGGGAAGAAGACGACGAUGUAGAGAGUAUAGGAGAAGAGAACGAGGAGAGUAGCGAGGAGGAGGAGGAGGAGGAGGAGGAAGGGGCGGCUGCUAGCGCUGGAGCUGCUUUGAGUAGUAGCAGUAGCGAGGACGAAGAUGACAGUAGCGAUGAUGAUGAACCGGCGCGGCGGAGUGGCGCUCGGCCGCUUCUACCUGAACAGAAUGAAUGGGCAAUGUAGGCGCUCGUCACACAAGGCAGACUCAUACGGUCAGAUUCAAUCAACAGCCUGCGAGCGCCAGCAGAGGAAGAUAUUUGGGGAAAAGCAUACAAUGACGCGAAUUAGAACGAGGCUUGGAGCGGCAAAAGAAGCCGGCCAAGAGG